AUGCCAAAAACGAUAAAAUUGGUCAUUUUAGGCAGCGGUGCAGUUGGGAAGUCUGCGAUUACAAUUCAAUUGGUCUCAGGUCAGUUCAUAGAAAUAUAUGAUCCAACUAUUGAGGAUACGUAUAAAGCAUCAAUACCGUUCAACGGUGAAAUCAUCCCAUUGGAUAUUCUUGACACUGCAGGACAAGAGGAGUACUCUGCGUUACGAGACCGGUAUAUGAAAUCGGGUGAUGGAUAUGUCAUAGUUUAUUCUAUAACAUCAACAUCAUCAUUUUUAGACGCCAAAAUUAUUCGAGAACAACUUAUUCGAGUGUUAGACAAUGAUAAUGCAUCACAUUUAUCAAUAUUGUUGUGUGGUAAUAAAUGCGACUUGGAAAAUGAAAGGCAAGUGUCUUUGAAACAGGGGAACGAUUUGGCUCAUGAAUGGAAAGUACUUUUCUUUGAAACUUCAGCAAAAAACAAAAUCAAUAUCAUAGAGGCUUUCCAAGAACUAGUCAAUGAUGUCAAAUUGCACAAAUUGGAUGAUGAAGAAAACAACGACCGUGAUGUUGAAUUUAAUAAUGCAAACAAAUCCGAACAAUUUAUUUUGUCAAAAAAAUGCACAGUUUUGUAA